AUGAAGAUCAGAUCGAUGAAGCUGCGCGAGGCUCACAAGAACGAUGGUGUAAGCUCCUAUUGUACGAUCCUGUGGGACCUCACUGCCGAGCACAUUGUUACUGCUUCUUCUUCUGACGCCUCCAUUUCCAUUCACGAUGCUCUUUUACCUUCAAAUACUCCGAAAUUUCUUCGCAAUCAUAGAGAUGGAGUCACCACUUUGGCUCUCAGUCCUAAUUCCACAUGCCUGGCUUCUGGAUCCAGUGACCGCUCCGUCAAACUCUAUAAGUUCCCUGGAGGAGAAUUUGAGACAAAUAUUACCAGAUUUACACUGCCAAUUCGUGCACUGUCUUUCAAUAGAUCGGGUACCAUGCUAGCAGCUGGUGGUGAUGAUGAUGGUAUUAAACUUAUUAACACAAUAGAUGGUUCAAUUGCAAGAGUUUUAAAAGGACAUAAAGGGUCUAUCACAGGCAUAGCUUUUGAUCCAAAAAGUGAGUACUUGGCUUCUGUCGAUUCAGUUGGAACUGUUAUGAUUUGGGAGCUCCAAUCUGGUGCAACAAUUCACACCCUCAGAAAUGUCGCUCCUAAUACCUCCUCUGACUUUUCAACUUUAAGCGCACUUGGUUGGAGUCCAGAUGGAGAGAUGGUAGCUGUUUCUGGUUUGAAAAAUGAUGUGGUUAUGUAUGAUAGAGAUACAGCUGAAAAACUCUUUACAUUGAGAGGUGAUCACACAACACCAGUGUGCUUCUUGGCUUGGUCACUUAAUGGAAAAUAUAUUGCUACCUCUGGCUUAGAUAGGCAAGUUUUGAUCUGGGAUGUUGAUAAGAAACAGGACAUUGAAAGACAGAAAUUUGAUGAAGCAAUAUGUUGCAUGGCAUGGAAGCCACAUGGAAAUGCCUUGGCUGUUAUUGAUGUUAUGGGGAAAUAUGGUGUUUGGGACUUGGUUGUCCCAUCAUCUAUGAAAUCCCCUACAGAAGGAGUUCCUACUUUGAGUUCAAAAAGAAGUGAUGGUCUACUCUUUUUUGAUGAAGAGGAACAAGAGCCUAGUACAUCAGGCAGUAUAAGUGAUCAUGGUGAAGACAGUCUUGUCAGUACUGAACCACUUACCAGAAAGAGAUUACGCAAACAUUUUAAGUAUGAUGAAGAUUCAGAUGAGGAUAUGAAUGACGGAACGAGUUUGCUUCCAAAGGUUGAAUCCCGUAAAAAGCCUUCCAUUGCUGGCAGGGACGGUCUCAAAAAUGGUAAGGUGACACCAACAGGUCCACUGAUUUUAACAGGAUCAAUAAUGCAGGAAGCUUUUCAGCCAGGUGCUACUCCUAUGCAGUCUGGUAAAAGGAGAUUUUUGUGUUAUAAUAUGCUUGGAAGUAUAACCUCAAUGGAGCAUGAUGGAUACUCCCAUAUAGAGAUUGAUUUUCAUGACACUGGCAGGGGGCCUCGAGUUCCUGCAAUGACUGAUUAUUUUGGUUUCACUAUGGCUUCCUUGAAUGAAAAUGGAAGUGUUUUUGCAAAUCCCUGCAAAGGUGAGAAAAACAUGAGCACCCUCAUGUACCGUCCAUUCAAAAGCUGGGCAAACAAUAGCGAGUGGUCUAUGCGACUUGAAGAAGAAGAAGUAAGAGCUGUAGCGCUUGGCACUUCUUGGGUUGCUGCUGUUACAAGUUUAAAUUUCCUUCGCAUUUUCACAGAGGGCGGUUUGCAGAGGCAUGUGGUUUCACUUGAUGGACCUGUAGUGACUGCAUGUGGCUUUGGGGAUGAACUUGCAGUUGUCAUGCAUUCUGCUCCCUCCCUCCCUUCAAAUGAGCAGAUGCUAGAGUUCAGAGUAUUCAACGUUUCAAACGGAACCCAGCCUAUUAGAGGACGGUUGCCAUUGACUCCUGGUUCGUGCUUAACAUGGUUUGGUUUUAGUGAAGAAGGUCAACUGAGUUCCUUUGAUUCCAUGGGUGUUCUCCGAGUUUUCACUAGUCAGUAUCGAGGAAGUUGGCUUCCACUCUUCACUGCUAGUAAAUUAAAGAAGAAAGAGGAAAACUACUGGAUGGUUGGAUUGAACUCAAGCAAGUUGUUUUGCAUUCUAUGCAAAUCCCCUGAUAAAUUUCCACAGGCCGUCCCUAAACCAGUUCUUACCCUGUUAGAUCAUUCAAUCCCUCUUGCAUCAUCCGACUUGGGGGCAGAAACUCUUGAGAAUGAAUUCAUUGUUAGCAACAUGCAUCUCUCCCAGAUCCAAAGAAGGAUUGAAGACACAGAGGGAGUGGGUCAGGAUACCACCUCACUCGAAGAUGAGGCCUUCAAUACUGAAGCAGCUUUGGAUAGAUGCAUCUUGAGGCUCAUUGCUUCCUGCUGUAAUGGGGAUAAACUUGUGAGGGCUACUGAACUUGUUAAGCUUCUUUCACUGGAGAAAUCCGUGAGAGGUGCGAUAAAGCUCGUGACUGCACUGAAACUACCAAAUUUGGCAGAAAGAUUCAACACGAUAUUGGAGGAAAGGUUGCUUAAAGAAGCCACAGAUACUAUAUCAGUUAAAGAAACAACAGAACCAGAAAGCAGCAAGGCUUCAGAACCUGUGAAUGCACCACAAUCUGGAUCAUCUUCAUUUGUGAAGAAAAGGACAAUAGAAGCUGUGAAUGAAGUGGUACAACCUGGGCAAUUAUCAGCACCUUCAUUUGUGAAGAAAAAGGCGGUUGAACCUGUGAAUGAGGUACAAUCUGGGCAACUAUCAUCACCUUCAUUUGUGAAGAAAAAGACAACAGAAGAGGCAGCAAAGGUUACAAAACCAGAAAAUAGUAAAGGUUUAGGUGUUAAGAAGAAUAUAGGUGAGGUGGAGUUUCAUCGGUCAAGUAAUCCGUUUGCGAAAUCCUCAGCCAAUCACGAAAGAACAUCGUUGUUAGAUUCCCUUAAGAAAUUGAAGAAGAACGAUGGGUAAUAAAUAGGAAGAAUUACAUGACAGUUUGUAUAUAGAGCUUGAGUUGGACAAAUCGUCAUCGCUUCCCUCUCGUGAUCUCAUCAUUUGA